AUGCCGCGCUGCUUCUCCUGGGCCGCCCACCGCCUACCGAGCCUCCCCUGCGUCCCCUGCGCCGGCGAUGCCCCCUCCAGCCCCUGCAGCCCGUGCAGCCACGCCGCGCAGACCUCCAUGAGCCUGCGCCACCGCGGCGACGGCAGCGGCAGCGGCAGCGGCAGCGUGGCCGGCCGUACCGCGCGCAAGUUCACGCUGGAGCAGCUGUCCGCGGCCACGGACGGCUUCGCCGCGUCCAACCUGCUCGGACAGGGCGGCUUCGGCAGGGUGUACAGGUGCCACCUCCGCCUGGAAGACGACGACGAGGAGGACGGCGCGGCGACGGCGGUGGCCGUGAAGCAGCUGUGCCGCGGCGGCGCGCAGGGGAGCCACGAGUUCGUGGUGGAGUGCGCGAUGCUGAUGACGCUGCGGCACCCCAACCUGGUGGGCCUCGUCGGCUACUGCGCGCAGGCGCAGGAGCGUCUCCUCGUCUACGAGUUCCUCCCCCGCGGCAGCCUCGACGACCACCUCUUCCUCCCUCUCCCUCUCCCUCUCCCCGCCCCCGCCCCCGGAGACGGCGACCUCAUCUCCCGGUCCCGGCCCCGGCCGCCGCUCGAGUGGAACACGCGCGUCGGGAUCGCGCACGGCGCCUCCAGGGCGCUGCGCUACCUGCACGAGGCCGUGUCGCCGCCGGUCAUCUACCGCGACCUCAAGCCGUCCAACAUCCUCCUCGCCGACGACUUCACCCCCAAGCUCUCCGACCUGGGGCUGGCCAGGAUCGGACCCGCCGGCGACGACACCCACGUGUCCACGCGAGUCAUGGGCACCUUCGGCUACUGCGCGCCCGACUACGCGCUCACCGGCCGGCUCACCGUCAAGUCGGACGUCUACAGCUUCGGCGUGGUGCUCCUGGAGCUCAUCACCGGCCGCAGGGCCUUCGACCCCGACGCCGGCGACCCCGACGAGAGGCGCCUCCUGGACUGGGCCAGGCCCUACCUCGCCGACGUGCGCAAGAUGUACGGACGGCUGGCCGACCCGGCGCUGCGCGGCCGGUUCCCUCGCCGGGCGCUAUACCAGCUCGCCGUCGUGGCCUCGCUCUGCCUCCACGACAGGCCCAACCUCCGGCCGACCAUGUCAGACGUCACACGGGCCAUCGACCACGUGGCCUCGCAGCCCUGGCAACCCGCAUCCGCAUCGGCAGGCGCAGGCGCAGCCCAUCAUCGUGCCAAAUCCUGCCAAAUGUGAAAUUCAAUCUUGUAGGAGUAUAUGAUGAUGCUAAUAUGAGGUUAUGUUUAUGCCAAAAUCUAAUCUAAUCUAAUCUAAUUACUACGUAUUAAUGACACAAAAAUCCUACCUUU